CUCCUCCUCCUCCCUCGGCGAUGCCGAACCAGAAGAGCAACAAGGGCAAGAAAAACAAGCGCGCUAACAGCAGCGGGGACGAGCAGGAAAAUGGAGCCCUGGCAGCGGCUGGGGCAGCAAGCGUUGGGGGAAUCCUGGCCGCGGUGGCUGCGACCGGGGCUUGUGGGCCAGCGGCGGCCGCAGGAGGUCCCGGAGGUUGCGGGGGAGCGGCGGCUGCAACGGGCUCGGCUUCGGGCGAUGCCAAGAACGAAGCACCCUGUGCUACACCGCUGAUAUGUAGCUUUGGACGGCCUGUUGAUCUAGAAAAAGACGACUAUCAGAAAGUUGUAUGCAACAAUGAACAUUGUCCCUAUAGCACUUGGAUGCACCUUCAGUGUUUUUAUGAAUGGGAGAGCAGCAUUUUGGCCCAGUUUAACUGCAUAGGGAGAGCGAGAAGUUGGAAUGAGAAACAAUGUCGACAAAAUAUGUGGACCAAGAAAGGAUAUGAUCUUGCCUUUCGUUUUUGCUCUUGCCGAUGUGGACAAGGCCACUUAAAGAAAGACACUGAUUGGUACCAAGUAAAACGAAUGCAAGAUGAAAAGAAGAAGAAGUCUGUUUCUGAGAAGAGUACCGGAAGAUCAACAUCAGAGUCCUCAGAAGAUGUUAAAAAAUGCAGGCCUGCCAACAGACCGCAGAAAGGUUUAAACCACGAUGUCCAGAGAAGGCAUUCAAUGGAUAGGCAGAACUCUCAAGAGAAAGGCACCGCUUGCAGUAGUUAUGCAGUCCGUUCUCCCUGUGGUUCUCCUGGUCAGUCACCUCCAGCAGGCUACUCCGUUCUUGCCCCUACACACUUCAGUGGACCUCGCUCUUCACGAUACUUGGGAGAAUUUUUGAAGAAUGCUAUUCAUCUAGAACCUCACAGGAAGAACAUGGCCAGUAGUGGCAUGUUCAGGAAUGCUCACUUUGAUUACGGGACAUCUGGGCUACAAGCACAUAGGUCAGGACACUUUGAUGCCCCUGUACAAUUUUUGAGACGGCUUGAUCUGUCUGAACUCCUUGCUCACAUACCCCGGCAUAAAUUGAACACAUUCCAUGUUCGGAUGGAAGAUGAUGCCCAAGUGGGUCAAGGAGAAGACCUACGAAAAUUCAUUCUUGCAGCACUCAGUGCCAGUCACCGAAAUGUUGUCAACUGUGCAUUAUGCCACAGGACACUGCCAGUAUUUGAACAGUUUCCAUUGGUAGAUGGAACCUUGUUUCUUAGCCCAUCCAGACAUGAUGAAAUUGAAUAUGAUGUUCCCUGUCAUCUUCAAGGAAGGCUUAUGCACCUCUAUGCUGUUUGUGUAGACUGUUUAGAAGGAGUUCACAAAAUUAUCUGCAUAAAGUGCAAGUCUCGAUGGGAUGGAAGCUGGCAUCAAUUGGGAACCAUGUACACAUAUGAUAUUCUAGCAGCCUCCCCCUGUUGUCAGGCUCGACUGAACUGUAAACACUGUGGGAAGCCUGUUAUAGAUGUACGGAUUGGGAUGCAAUAUUUCUCAGAGUACAGCAACGUGCAACAGUGUCCACACUGUGGAAACUUGGACUACCAUUUUGUGAAGCCAUUCUCUUCAUUUAAAGUUCUGGAGGCUUAUUGACAAAAGCUUUGCCAUAGUAAUAGCUAUUUUAUGAGUAUUGUUCCUUUAUUUUACAUAUCUUUUAUAAGAUCUGUUCUGUGGGGUGGGGAGGGAGACAACCUAAUUUCUUUUCUAACUGAAAGUGCAGCAGCUUUGUGUGUUUUGUGUACACGUGUUCCUAUGUAGAUAUGUGUCAUUAAGACCACAGUCCUCUUGCCACAAUUUCAGUAAAGGUUGGGGAUGAGGUGGUAGACUGUGUCUCUCCCUCUCUACAUUCACUCAAGUCGGAAGGAAAUUCCAUUCUUUCUCUCUCCCUCUCUUUGUUUUUUAAAUUGGGGCAGACAAAGGGAAGUUGUUGGAAAGCAUUGUCUGGUUCAAAACAGAAAUGUUUGUAGAUUUGGAGGGAAUGGAAAAUCUUCACAAAUGUCUUGAAGCAGUAGGAGGGAGGAAUAUCCCAAGGCUGCCUGUCCAGCUAGAUGGAAUCUCUAUGGAAUUGGUGAUGGGCUCCAGGGUAAGGCACAGACUUUGGUUAUUUCUGCUCUUCUCCCAUGCAUUUGAGUAUACAGCACAUCUAGUAGGUGGUGUGGGUUACUGAGAGGAGGAGUUGAGCUGAAGGAUGGCAAGUGGGAAUGAUCCUGAUCCACAGGCCUGACAUUUAUACUCUGAUCUUCUCCACAUAUUUGUUUGCUAUGUCUGGAUGAGGUAAGUGAUCAGAUUGGGUGACUGUGGAGCCAUCACAUCUGUGGGAUUUCCACUACACAGUGAGCCCCUAUGUGUGACUCCCUCAUAUAUGAUAAACCCCACAUUUUGUUCUCUUAAUGAAUUUGCCAUUGUCAUUACUGGGAACAAGAUCAGGUCUUGAUAGGCUAAGUAGUGCUAGCUGAUAUACUUUGAGAUUAUGUCUGAUGAGGUAAAUCUAAACAUUAUGACAAAUGAAUGUAAUGCUAUGUCAGAAAAUGCACUGUUUAAAAAAAACAAACCACAAAAACUUAUUUUUGCAUUAUGUCUUCCUGGAGUAUAUAUUUGAUAAUCAGAGCCACUCUCACUGACAGAUCAUACUGUUUCCGCUAACAUUGUAAUUCUAGCAAUCAGGGAAGUUGUUUCCACCAAAACAAGCUUCAGAUUUUAAUGAAUUAUGUUUCAGUUUCUUUGCAGGCCUUUUAGGGCUUCCUUGUGAAAGGACCAUUUAGUUGACUGCAAACCAGGUUUGCAGGGGGUGUCUUAAUAAGAAUCCGUCAUCGUUUUGCUUUGAUCCUUGUCCCGUUGCACAGUUGCAGUAUAUGAGGGACAAAAAUGUAUUAUAUUUCAUGUGGCCCACUGGGUGCCUACACAUAAAUAGGUUUACUUGUGGGUUGGAGUGCCACUUGAAAAAUAAGCAGAUGAGUCCACUACAGUGGUUGGAGAAUACUAAACUAAACUAAGUACUAAUCUUUUAAGAAUAAAAACCUUAAGAGCUGUUAUCAUAGACACAAUUGGGGAUGUGCCAACUGUUCAUGGCAUGUUCAAGAACAUAUCCCAUAUAAAAUAUAUAUACAUGCGAACACAUAUAUGCACACCAUACUAGAGGUGCUGGCAUACCCUAAGGUUAUGUGUAUGUAGCCCUCUUUGAUCAGGCAAAAAUUAAAAAGGGGUGCUGUAUUGACAGGCCCCACCCCAUAACCGACAUACUAAGAAACAGCACCCUCCCUGUGCUCUCCAUGCUUUGGUGUUUGCCUAAAGAGGCAAAUGCCAUAAGGAUGAUGGCAUGAGUGUUAACUGUCACCAUGACACUUAUGGCAUUUGCCUCUUCAGACAAAUGCCAUAAGCUUUCAGAGGAUGAUGUUUCUUGGCACAUCGGUGCUGUGGUGGGACUUUUAGGUGCACUCAUGGGAUACUGUACAAAAGUAUGGCAUCUUGUUUUCCGCCAUGUCUGAAGAGGGCUUGUAUGUAUGUGAGCUUAUGCAUGAAUGGGCAGGGUGGAUUCACUGUAAUAUACCUUACAGUGGCAAGUGGAAGGCAUGGGCUGGGAUUCAAAUUGCUGCUUAGACUUGUGAAGGAGGCUUGUGCUAACAGUGUGAAUUCCUUGUUUACUACUUUGAACAGCAGGCUUCUAUACCAUGUCAGAAACUGCUUUUGAAACUCCCUGCUGUUUCAGAAGCACUUUGCUAUGUGGUGUGAUGGUCCUGCUGUGUUCACACACCAAUUAGUUCCAUGGUCUUUUGGAUCUUAGCCAUGACCUGGGUCAUCUGAAAUGUUAAGAGUGUAUGGUAUGAAACUAAGCUAGAUAAUAAAUGAUUUUAAAAUAGUUGAGUCCUACUCUUCAGUACCUGUUCUGAAAUUGCACUUUUACAGGCUUUGCAAAUUUGAAUUUCACAUUGGGUUGAGGGAUUAAAAGUGAAAUGAUUGAAUUGAUUGGUUUUUGGUUUUUUGCACUGCCAAGACACAGAAUCAAUGAUCUUUAAAGAACAUCAGUGUGCUCAAGAUUUUGAAUAUAACUUAUCACUUCCUUAUCCUUAUUUUAUGGCUCUUAGAAAGGGGGAAUAUUUACAUCUCUUGAAUCUUUCAGCACAGAUAACUUAAUAAAAGAAAUGAGUGAUCCACUUAGAGAGUGAGUUCAGUUUUGUAGGACUUCAUCCAUAUAAUUACUCCCGAAGAUGAAUAGUUUAAAAGCAUUUUCUAUAAACUAGCAAUAGGUCAUUGGCCAAAUCCAGAACUUGAUGGUUGACACUAAAGCCCCAUUGAGAUCACUGCCGUUAUACUAGAAUCAUUGCCACUUCAUAGCUUGGCAAAAUAUUCUUUCCUAAAAAGCAGAAUCCUCGAUUGUACUUAUGGCAAGUUUGAAUUUAAAAUGCCACAUACAUUCUCAAAAGAAUAUAACUACAUAAUACAGCAACUAUAUAAUAUACUGCCUGCUGAACUAUUAAUUCUGCCUAAUUAUACAUAUCCCCUUCCCUGUAAAAGCUUUAACUGUUUGCCCAGCUUACAUGAUACCAUGUCUUUGAAUUAGAAGAAUACUGCUUCUAACUUCAAAAAAUACUCACUUAUUUAGCUUUUUAAAUAACUUGGGUCCCUUGUACAUUUGGCAACUAAGUAUUUUAGUUGUUCACUGGAUAUUUGUUCCAGAUGCCAUUUCUGUCAACAUUUUGCAGAUCAUGUUCCACUGACAUAGCUUCUUUGCAUAGGAAGAGAAGAGUGUUGAGCAGUUCUGUAAUCAUGUCAUUUACUUCUUGAGACUACUUCUGUAAGAGAUGUCUCUUACUAAUUUGCUUUUAAGUGAUCUGUGUGUUUGCUUAACAGCAAAUUAAUAAGACAAAUUAUUAAAAAUUUGCUGCUAAGCAAUCUAUUAACAGGUAUGAUCUCAACUAUUUAUGUGCAUGCUUAACUCCACACACUACAAACAUUUCAGCAGUCUGUAUACUCAAGGUUCUAGUCAGCAACUCCUUUAAUAGAAGGGGAUGUUGGGCUUAGGCCAGCUGCCCAGUUCUCAGCUGCCAGCAAGUUCUGUUGCCAUUGCCAUCAAGCUCUCUUCAAACAGCAAUGGAAAUGGAUGAUCUGCAAGGGGUGCAGAUUUGGCUCUAGGGCCUCCAAUAGCUGAUCUCUAGAUUAAGCUAACUGGUCCUUAAUCAGAUUGUAGGGCUACCCUCAGGAUAUGAAGUCAGAAAUGACCAUAGCAGGGAAAGUUAGACCAAAAAGGGAUGAAUUUUUGCAGGCUGGAAAGUGAAAAAACUGCAUAUAAAUCCUUAAAUACAUUGGUUUGCCUGAAUAAAGAGGCAGAAUGUAUGGAUCUAACUUGGAAUCCGAAGUCUGAAAAUAGUUUUCAUAGUUCAGCUGUAAACCGCCCAAAGGUGAGAGUUUGGGGUGGUGUACAAAUUGGAUAGAUAAACUCCAUUAUUAUGUGACAGAGACUUCAUUAUAUACACCCCCACUGGUCAUGUGGAGUAUCACCCAACCUUGAAGAAAAUGGAGCCACUCAGGUCAAGUGGAGGCAAGCUCCCUGUGUGUACUGGAGUUGGUCAUAUGCACAUUAGAGAUGAAGAGUUGAUGCUUAUGCUUCUAUAUCAGUUGAGUUAUUUCUGCAUCAUGUGUGUGUGUGUGAGAGAGAGAGAGAGAGAGAGAGAGAGAGAUAUGCCUAUUCAGCAUUCUUGCAGAGUGAAAUUCUGGUGAUUGUCAAAGGACGCAUUGUUAAAAGUUGGAAGGUUAGGAACUGAACCGAGAGUGUUGUGCAAAUAUGUAUGUAGAGAAAGAGUCUGUCAGAAGAAAAUAUCAGUGAGGAAAUAAAAUGUAUAGGCAAUCCCUUAAAUCCAUGUUACAUUUUAUUUUUAAUAUUAUAUAUAGAAAUCUGUCUGUUAGUAUUGUCAAGAUAAAUAUUUUUUGCUUUGAAAAUCGGCUUAGCUGUGGAAUAUUAAAAAAAUGCUUCCCAAAGAAAAUUGCCCUUUUAUUUAAAGGGGUCUAAAUGGAAUUGCUUUCUCAUUUAUGUUAAACACCAAGACUGUACAACUUCAGUCCUCCAGCUGUUGUUGGACAACAGCUCCCAUCCCCAGCCACCGUGGUCAAUAGUCAGAGAUAAUGGGAGUUUUAGUCCAAUAUAUUCAGGAGAUCUGAAGUUGUGCAGCCCUGCUUAAUGGGCAACUGACAGACCACAAACUGCAUCUGGACCCCUUACUAAACCAGGUUGGGAGGAGCAUAGGGUGCGGUGCUGCUUCUUAUCUCUAUCUCCUGCAGCAGGUAUCUUGUGAUGGGAAGGAUGCCUGCCAGCUAAGCAGUGGUUCCUUACAAGUUACUUUUGGCUUGAAUACCACUGUUGCAUGGGAAGCUGCACUCGUGGGUGAAAUGCCGUAUUUAAGAGAGUAAUGCGCACCCCAUUGUACUUGUUGAGUCUUCCUUCUAUUGGAAACUGAAAGUCAUUCUGAGGGCUCUGCCAUGGUGCAGAGAUCUGUGGGGUGAUACCUGAUUUCUCAGAUGAAGGGCACAUGCCAGGUUCUUUAAUGUGGAGAGUUGGUUUCUCCUCGGCCAAGUUGCUUUGAAGGGGACAGAGUGCACAAUGAGGACGAUGACAUGAGAGUUCUGCCCCUGCAAAACAGAUCUCUAUGAAGACCAUCAUGUCUUGGGGAAAUCUUUUCUCCCUUUAUCUGUUUUAGUGUAUGGUGAUUGAAAAAAACUGCUAAACUCUCCCAUCAUUUCCCAGAUGUGGGGAAAAUUUGUGCUGAUAAACUAAAGAUAUGCCACUGUAUGACAGAAUACACUUUCAUUGGCACAAACUCCUCUGACAAAAUGAAAAUAGAGAGCCAUCUACAUAUGUGAUUAUUCUAUCUGUUGCAAAUGUAUAUUUAAAAUGGUAAUGUUCUAAAUGCAGUUGCCUUUGAGGAAAAAACAGAGCAUAAUGUGUGUGGGCCUAAGCCAAGGGUUCCCAACCUUUGGUACCCCAGAUGUUGCUACAAUUCCUAUCAUCCCCAUAUAAACCUUAUUGUGACUGGGGAUGAUGGGAGCUGUAGUUCAGCAACGUCUAGAGCACCACAGGUUGGGAACCCCUGUCCUAAGCAAUUUAACACCAGCAGAACCCCAAACUGUACAGCCUGUCUUCAUUUAUGAUUCCACUCUGUGGUCCAUAAUCCAGCACAGGCACAACAGCCUAUUUAAGCCCACAAGUGGAUCUGUUGGAUCGUGGCCUUUUAUUUCUAUUGACAUAUAUAAACUGCUGGAAUUUUGAGAGGGCAAAGUUUGAGGCAACAUGUGAAUCUGUCAGUGAGUUUUGUUGGUAGGAAGACAUGUAUCAAGUUUAUUUUCAUUUAUCUCUGAUUUUAUUGUACGAGGUAUUCAAGGGCAAAGUGUUAUGAGGUCACAAAGCCAGCCCCGCUAUGUUUGUCAGAAAAAGCCUUUUUUUAAAAAGAAAAAACAACCCAGUUUUGGAUUGCACUUUUGCAGAGCAAAGAAUAUGUACAUAGCAAAUGAAUGUUGAUGAAAUUUAAAAUUGGUUAUAAUGCCAUUUUUGUGUGGUGUUAAGUUUUUUUUUUUUGGUUGUGAUUUAUCUGUAUUAAAAAAAAAUAAAUUGCAGAAAACUGUU